AUGUCGAAUCAACAAGUGGGUGCGGUUUUCGAGAAGGUGAUCAAAGAUGUCUGCGAGAACUCCCAGGUCGACUUUGAGGAAAGCGGAGUGGAUCAGAAGACGUUGCUGGAUUUGCGUGAGACCUGGCAAAAGAAACUGUCAUCAGUGAAUGUCGCCCACUUUCCAUGGGAUCCCCCAGUUCAACCGGUUGCGCAAGCUCCUCUACCUCCACAGGCUACUGUUCCAUCCAACGCUCCCCGUCCACCACCACCAUCCCAGCCGCAGCACCAACCUCAGCCGCAGCAUCAUCAACCACAACAACAACAACAACAACAACAACAACAACAGCAGCAGCAGCAGCAGCAGCAGCAGCCACAACAACCACAACAUCAGCAGCAUGUUCCCCCACCUGUCUCAAUGGCUCAGCAGACUCCGAUCCCGAGUCCAGCCCCAGCCGCCCCGGUCGCUCCUGUUGCGACCGCCCAGAUGAAUGCGCCGAGAGUAAAGACUGAGCCAGGCGCGAGUGGAAUGUCCUCAAUCCCACCAAUGCACCCCAAUAUGUCUGCAAGCACGACGCCCAACCCGCAGAUGGCUCGAGACCGUGCUGCAGCGCAGCUGACCCAGCGGUUUGGUGCAUCCGCUGCGACCUCGGUCAGCCAGCUUCAAUCACAAUCCGCAGGCCAGCAACAAUACACACCGCAGCAUUAUCCAUCAAAUGGGAAUGCGCCUCAGAUUAAGCAGGAGUCUAACCACUCGUCACUUGGAUCUGGCCAGACUGAUGGUGCUGGUGAUGCUUUGUCUGACUGGAAGGCGGAAGUCGCUCGUCGCCGGGAGGCUGCGCAGAACGGACAAGGGGAUCACCUGCUCCGUGAAUACAUCAAGCAUCAAAUGAGUGGCCUUGAAGGUGGUGGCCUACUUCGCCCCCUAGUCGUCGGCUACAAAGGCUCGUCGCUCCGCUCUGGUCGCUCCUCUGCUUCGCGCAAACGCAUCGCCAUCGGCGUCUUCCCUCCCAAAGCGCCCGCCCAAUUCGAUGGCGCAGACGAUGAUCUCAAGGAAGAAGACGAUGAAGAUGCAAUCAACUCGGAUCUUGACGAUCCGGAUGAUCUCGUCGACCAUGAGGCGGAGGCCGAUGAGGCGGAAGGCCAAGUGAUGCUGUGCACCUAUGACAAAGUGCAGCGGGUCAAGAACAAGUGGAAGUGCACCCUGAAAGACGGCAUUUUGACCACGGGUGGAAAAGAAUAUGUUUUCCACAAGGGCCAAGGCGAAUUUGAGUGGUGA